UAGCCUUUGUUGGGCUUUCAUCUUGUCUGUAAGAUUUGUGCUUCAUGGAAAGGACCUUUGAAAGCUGCACCCAUCCAUCAUUGAACACUGAGGAAGGAGCCAAGUUGCCUUCGAUACGUCGGGUCUAACACUUUUUUGGUUGGAGACGCUCCUAAAUUGUUGAAUAAAUCGUAAAAGUACUCGCUGCAUCUUAAUUUCUGCAAAAUUGACUUUUUUUGUUAUUGAAAUUUGUUUUCUCAGACUGCCCGAUUAUUUGGACACUUUUACAGCCUCUUCUAUUUAAAAGAGAAAUGACCGGCGACUGCACUUUGCAUCAAAGGUAGAAUUUUAUUGCAGUGAAAUUUCAAUAUAGUGAAAUAAAGUGCGCAUUUAUUUUUUGUUAUUUUGAGGUUAACUGUACUGCCAAAUGAAGCAGUGGUGUGUCAGCAUUUUUUUUUUCCGGAUCUUGUUAAAUUCUAUCAAUUUUGUCGAUUCUGUCAGGGUUGAAUUAAAGAAAGUUGACUGUAUUACUUCACUGUACAUAUUACAACUUGUCAUACUGUUUUUUUUUUUUUUCAUUGCAUUCAGCAUGGUUCAAAGGAGGAAUGCACAGCCUUUUUUUUUUGUAAUACCCCCCUUGAUGGUGACUAAGUUGGAGGGAACUGUGUGCCUGUGAGUUUGCUUUGUACAAAUGGAGGACAAAAGAGAGAGGCGAGUUUCCCACUGACGAAUGGAUAUAUUAAACGUAGGAAAAAAUGGUCAGAACACAUUGUGUUUCAAAUUAAUGGUUUCGUUCGCUUACAUGGGCAGGAAAGCAUUGUUUAUGCAGCAAUGUCUUUAGACCAGGCCACAUUAAAGACCGAGUGUUUCGGAAGUGUGUCACAUGGUGCAACAUUUGAUUCACGUCCACACCUCACCUUGGCUUCCAGAUCAUCCCCAGGGGCAUAGCAAAGGUUCACGAGCAGGGAUUUGAGGCUGAACCCGUUGGGAAUGGAAGCAUUUCUGAGAUGUCUCGUUGUUAACGCUGCCUUGCAUUGCAGUGCCCAUAGUGGCCUUGUGUAACAAUGAGGUUGUGAACAAUGCAGGAAAUCCAGCAGAUGUCGAGCAGCCUCAGCUCGGGCCAUCUGCAGCACCACAUGGACGUCAUCUUGGCUAAGCUCCCCGAGGGUAGCAAGGUCGGUGGCCAUUCCAGGCAGCGAAUCAACGCCGAGGUGGACAUUCUGUCGGGCUCGGCUGUCACGGAGCGCACCCUUGUUCGGCUGCACCAGCAGGCUGCGUUCAGCGAUGCUACAGGAUGGUGCUUCGCGAGGGAGCAACACCAGUCAUCCCAACAACUCGCCGGGUGCCCCUGGCCCUGCAGGAACCGCUCAAGGAAGAACUACAGCGCACGGAGUGAGCCGGAUUAGCUGUCAAAGUCAAGGAACCUACAGAU